AUGAGUGCCGCCGCUGCCGCUUCGCUAUUGGUCAUUGGUUGUUGAGAAACUUUUUCUUGCAUGCCAGUGGCUGAUCGGUGUAGGGGAGGGAUACUUUUCAGGAAGUGUUGAGGUUUCUGUUUCCAUACCGGACCACUGUGAAGCGGUUUGUGGAAGAAGGACUAAACAUUUAAGGAAUACGUUUACUUUUAAGCACUAAUUGCGAUAGGUUAUCUACGUCUCUGUUUAAAAAGACCCACUGACGACGUAAGGCUUCGAUUCCUUCGGAGCUCGGUGCAAAGGUCUUGAGUUUUUUCCAUGGCACCGCCAAGAAAGAGCGUGUUACCGAAACCACUCCCAGACGGCUUCGUACUGACAGACAGUGAGAAAAAGAAAUGGAGGCUGGGGAAAAUCAUCGGUCAAGGUGGCUUUGGACUGAUCUAUCUUGCCUCCCGGGAUGUGGACAGACCUGUUGCAGCAGACACUGACUUUGUCAUAAAACUGGAAUACCAGGAGAAUGGCCCCCUGUUCUCAGAGCUCAAGUUCUACCAAAGGGCAGCCAAACCAGAGAGCAUGCGAAAAUGGAUGAGAAGCAGGAGACUUGACUUCCUGGGCAUCCCAACCUACUGGGGUUCAGGACUUGCUGAAUAUAAUAAUAUCAGGUAUCGUUUCAUGGUCAUGGACCGAUUGGGCAAAGACCUUCAGAAAAUCUGCAAUGACAAUGGAGGUCGACUGGAAAAGGCCACUGUGCUCCAGCUUGGUCAAGAACUGGUGGAUGUACUGGAGUAUAUCCAUGAGAAUGAGUAUGUCCAUGCAGACAUUAAAGCUGCCAACCUCAUGCAGGGUUACAGAGACCCUAAAAAGGUCUACCUAGCAGACUAUGGGCUGUCCUACAGAUACUGUCCUGAUGGAGUUCACAAAGAAUACAAAGAGAACCCCAAGAAGGGCCACAAUGGAACCAUAGAGUACACCAGCAUUGAUGCCCACAAAGGACUUGGUAAGCCUUCCAAUUCAUAAGCAGUUGGAGAUUAC